AUGAUGACGGCUAAACUUGUGGGUACAAAUCUGCACAACACCGAAAUGGUCGGAACGGUCAAAAGCAUGUGCUGGGCUGACUUCAAGAACGACGAGACAAUGCCACCCCACCCGGCAGAGGAACUACGUGCCUUAGGCUGUUCGGUUCUGUUGUACUUGAAGCUGAUGAACAUGCUAAAGCAGGAAAUGAGCUACAACUUCCCAAAAGUGUUUCCGCGAUUUCCACGGAUCUACCCUAAAACUUAUGAAAACUACGCGGCAUCAUUAAGGGUGAUGUCCAUAUAUCGUGGUUCCACUGACACAGACUAA